GGAGCGGAGCCCGGGGGCGGGGCCGUAACCGGGGCCUGGAGCGUGGAAUCCACUCGAGCGCUCCGGGAAACUCCAGGGGGCGGGGAGCAGGGCUCCUUCUUUGGCCCCCAGUGUGUGGGGGGACUGGCCCCGCCUCACGCAGCCCUUCCUAGGGUGUGGCAAGCAGAGCCCCCGCCCGAAGAAGGGGUUCAGUAGGCUGGGGGGCCUCUUUUGGAGGAGGCGCGGGGUGGCCGAGUUCUGCGACCAUGAAGGUCAAGGUCAUCCCCGUGCUGGAGGACAACUACAUGUACCUGGUCAUCGAGGAGCACACGCGGGAGGCAGUGGCCGUGGACGUGGCCGUGCCCAAGAGGCUGCUGGAGAUCGUGGGCCGGGAAGGGGUGUCUCUAACCACCGUGCUGACCACCCACCACCACUGGGACCACGCGCGGGGAAACGCGGAGCUGGCGCGGCUGCGGCCCGGGCUGGCGGUGAUGGGCGCCGACGAGCGCAUCUGCGCGCUGACGCGCAGGCUGGCGCACGGCGAGGAGCUGCGGUUUGGGGCCAUCCACGUGCGCUGCCUCCAGACGCCCGGCCACACCUCCGGCCACAUGAGCUACUUCUUGUGGGAGGACGAAUGCCCGGACCCACCUGCCCUGUUCUCGGGGGACGCGCUGUCGGUGGCCGGCUGCGGCUGGUGCCUGGAGGGCACCGCAUUGCAGAUGUACCAGAGUCUGGCUGAGACCCUGGGCACCCUGCCCCCCGAGACGAAGGUGUUCUGUGGCCACGAGCACACGCUGAGCAACCUCGAGUUUGCACAGAAAGUGGAGCCCUGCAACGACCACGUGCAGGCCAAGCUGUGCUGGGCCAAGAAGAGGGAUGAGGAUGACGUGCCCACGGUACCAUCCACUCUGGGCGAGGAGCUGCUCUACAACCCCUUCCUGAGGGUGGCGGAGGAGCCUGUGCGCAAGUUCACGGGCAAGGCGGUGCCCGCCGAGGUCCUGGAGGCACUGUGCAGGGAGCGGGCGAGCUUUGAGCAGGCGGCCGAGCCGCUCCAGCCGCAGGCACGGGCUCUCCUCGCGCUGCAGUGGGGGCUCCUGAGCGCCGCCCCGCAGAAGUGAGCCACUCGAGGAGCCUCGUGGGGCCGGUGUCCACAGCCACCUCCCUCCUGCGGCCACCGGCUGACUGGACCUGAGAGGGCCACCUUCAGCCCUCCUCCGAGGCCCUGCCCCGCUGGCCACCAGCCUAGAGGGUCAGCACGCAGGUGCUUCGCCUCUGGCCCUUCCCGGGGCGGACGACCCGCAGGGCCUCUUUGUAGGGGCCCCGUGGCCUGGGUGUCCGGGACACAGCCUGCUGGGUGCACCGGGCUUCUGAGCUGUGAAUAAAGCUUUGAAAGCCUC